GCCUGAAAGCCCGUUACGGGCAAGAAAAGACACUGAAGUGAGAGCGAGCGCCACAAAUCCGAGAGAGAGGGAAAUCGGAAGCCUCAGGAAAUGGCGAUAUCUGGGGAUCUGAGGGUCUCUGCAACGCUGGGUUCCUACCAUUUUAACCCUCUUCGAAGCUCUCUGCGCCCUUCCAAGGUAGAGUUCUCUGGUUUCCUGAACGGAGGAUCCAGCAUAUCUGAAAUGACACCCAAAUGGUCCUCAAUGGUACUUGAUAACCGCAAUAUGCGUAGUAAUUCCAAGCACAUUUCUGGUAUCACUGAAGAUUAUAAGCUGUUGCCGAGGUCCAUCAGCCAAGACUCCGAGAGCUUCCUCCUUGAUGCCAUUAACAUGAGCUUCUUCGAGCGUUUAAACUUGGCUUGGAAGAUAAUGUUCCCAUCAUCAACAUCUAGAAAGAGCUCUAAUGCUAGGGUUGCCAAGCAGCGCUUGAAGAUGAUUCUCUUCUCUGAUCGAUGUGCAGUGAAUGAUGAGGCCAAACAGAAGAUUGUCGACAAUGUUGUGCAGGCUCUAUCAGAUUUCGUGGAGAUAGAAUCACAGGAUAAAGUUCAGCUUAGUGUCUCUACUGAUUCAGACCUCGGAACCAUUUAUUCUGUCACAGUGCCUGUACGACGGGUGAAACCAGAAUAUCAAGAUCUAGACGAGGUUGGAGCAAUAACAAAUAUCGAGUACAAAGAUACAGGAGAGAGGUCAGGUUCUGUUGAUGUCAGGUUUGAUUUCUUCAUUCCAGAUGAAAGGUCCUGAUAAUUUCCGAGCCAGUGAGCCUGCUUCGGUCUUCUGUAUAUAUAUGGCGACUUCCUUCAACUGAGAUUUGAAAGUUUUGCUGCUUUUCAGUUUGUAGUUUAAUUUGAUGUUUAACUCCAUGACUCUAUUUCAUGUGGAUAUGUUAUGGCAUAUUCAUGUUAGGUUUUCAAUUUUUCAUGGGUGUAUUAUGUGCAUGCGAGUAAUUGCUUAUCUCAAUUACAUAAGAUUUUCUGUA